CUUCAGCCUUUGGAGCUUUUGUGUGGAGAUGGGAGUCUCAUGGAGACAGAGAUGUGCUUCAUGCUUAUCACGAUUCACAUCUAGCGUUAUAAGCAGAGGGGGCUGUGAUCGUGGUCGUGUGAUUACAGAAUCAGCACCGAUGACUGCGUGUUUUUCUUUUUCCUUUAUUUUUUCUUUUUGACUUUUAUUGCAUUCAUAUGUCGUUGUAACACAUAUUUAUAUAAUAAUUUGUUUUGGGGGGUACACUCUGGAGGCCAAUGCGUUUUGGGUACAGGUCUGCUGUUGGAUAUGAAUAUGAUUUAUCUGCUUUGUUCUCACGACAGACUUGCACUCAUUCAGUCUCCUAAACGCAGGAUAGACCGGUGUUUUUACUCCAACUUUCUCUCAUCCUCGGCAGUUGUGGCUGCAGCAGGUGCUUUCUGCAUGUAAGGUAAGUCUCUUGUAUUUUCUCUACCACAGGAAAAAAAAAUCCUGUUGAGCAAAUUCAUCAUCCGUGGAGGCGCUAGGAAGCGUGGGAGAGGAGAUGAAUGUCUCCUCCACAUUUUCUCAAAUUUGAAGGGGAUUUCUUCAGUUUUAGAGGACGUCUUCGUCAAUUAGCCUAUAAGCAUUGAAUAAACCAAAUAAACCGACACGUUCCCAUUGAAGGGUAUUGUAAAAACUGGGGUUCAUUAUGUGGGAACGUUUUCGUCCAGGGCUGUCCCUGCUGCCUCUUCUCCCCAGUUUUUUCUUCUUCUUUUUUUUUUAUUUUAAUUUCGUGUCAGAUGGAAAUAGCCUAGCUGAUGGAUUUAAUGGCUGUAAAGGUCCACUGGCAUUUCAAGCUGGUUAAACGGAGCCUCCAUUCAUUUCAGCGGCUUUCCUCCUGCGUGUAGGCGUUGAUGCAGAUAUGUGGAGCAGACAGACCGCUUCUCCAUUUCUCAUCUGCCUGCUGGCGCACGCUGUUCUCUGGAAAACCAGGUGAGUCUUUCUCAAUGAGAGACGCCUUAUGUUCACAGUAGGCAGGUCGAGCCACACUCGCUCUUUGUACAAAAUGAUGUUCCCAUGUAUCAAGGGUAAGGAAUAUUGGAGUCAAAUUUCAACUCUUAAGGUAUAGACCAAAAAAAUUAUAGGCUGCUAUUAUUCCAUUUGUAAGAACAAUAAGGAAGACAUUAAAGCUCCAGUGAGGAACUUCUCUUUUUGUGUCAAUGUUGAUCCUCCGCUGAGCAAAGCAGUCUUCACAUAUCUUAUCCCCUACCUGCAGAUCCUGUGUUGAGACAAAAACAUCUCAUUCUGCUAAAUUUAUCUUUAUGAUUUUACAUAAAUGUUGUAAAAACAGGGUUAUCAUGCAACUGCAGCGUUGACACCUACCCCCUCACACAAGUGGACUUAUUUGCUUUUGGAUUUCAUUAAAAGGCAUUAAUAUGAAUUUCAGUCUAUAUCAUAAACAUCAAAACUCCUCACAGGAGCAUUGAUAUUAGAUCUCCUAGUUUCUGACAGACUAAUAGCCGUAGCCUAAUUACAGUUUUGUUCAAGGUGAAUCGUUGUUCUUUCUUAAAGUAAACACAAAUCAAAAUCAGGUUUUGUGAGAUUAGAUGACAAAACUUCUUUUUUAAAGUGUCCUUCAAAGAAAUUAUAGAAUAAUACAACACUUUGGCAUAAAAUCAAGUGAACUGUAUGCAUGCAAGAGUCAAGCACCAUCACAGUGAAAAAAAAAUCAUAUAAUUUAUGUCAAAAUAAAAAUGUGCUCCUUAAAUGCAUCACUCAGGCAUAAUUUCCUCAAAAGAAAGGUUUGAAAUGGGAAAAUUAUGCUUUUAAUAAUAACUGUGAAUUAAUGACAUUUUUACUGAAUAUAAUCUGAUGUUUUCACUCAGUCACUUGUUUAGUGUUCGAAUUAAAACUGGUUUGAUGAAAAUACUAGGGUUGUAGCUGUAUACAAUCUCAGUACGGCAUGUACCUGGGCUACAGAUAAGUUCAUCUUUGGUACAGAAAGGGGAACAUGUGCAGCACAAAAAUCUUGUCUUUUGUCGAGAAUUCAUAGAGCUUUCCUUUUAGACUAUCUAAAAUGCAGCAGCAAUGGUUUAUCCUUGCAGGCCAGCUCAGGUUGCAUAAGAAACAUUUAAGAUAAAACAUGAAAAUAAGAUAAUGUCACUGUAGCUAUCAGUAGCUCUUGACAUCCGUUCAUCAUCAGAGCAACAGCAGAUACCUCUGACAAGUUGUGCACGACAGCAACUUUGAUUUAGUUAUUGAGAGCUGCUUUGACUUCAUUUAUAUUUGGGGCUCUUUCACCUUUAAAGGUGGGGUAGGCAGGAUUCCAUCAAAGAAGCAUCUUUUUUGUAGAGUAUAUACAAAAAUCUUUUAAUAUCAGUCAAUAGCUAUUAGUUAUUGAUGACAUUUGGUAAUAUAACGAUUUCGCUGUGUUUUGUAAUGUCUGUGUAGUCAACAUUUUAAAAUUUUUGAGCGGGCUGCUCUUUCUGAGUGUAAACAAAGCCAUUCUCCAACUCCCCAACCUGAUUGGUUGUGAGGCCGAUGCUGUUCCUUAGUGCUGAUUGGUUGUGAGGCAGACGCUGCUCACUCGUGUUGUGAGGCACACUCCACGUCCUCUAAUGUCAUGCACGAGUCCAAACAAUGUUAUAGUGCUACAAUGUCAGACAGUAGAAACCAACCAGAAAGUACAGAAAAUUGUCUAAAUCUUCCUUUGGCCACGACCGCCGACACAAGCAAGAAAACAAAGUAAAUACCGGUGAUUCUGGUGGAAGAAUGGGCGUUUAAGAAGGAAGUAGACUGAACAAGAGCUAAAAAGCCGGUUCAACAUCAAUGAAGCAUAAAUGAUGGGAGACACUUCGGGGUCUUACAGACCCUGUAACCUCUCUGCUGGACAGGUAAACUGCUUAAAGUAAGCCGAGUGUCUGUGACAGAAGUGUUUCUUGUCAAAAGGACCUGCUGUGUGUUUCAGUGCCGCUAAACUGUUUACCUCGGGUCCUGCAAACAUUGUGUUUGUUGGUAGUCUGUUGGCAUCUACAGUAGCACCAAUGCUGUUUACUUUCACGUUGACUGGGCCCCAUUUGUAAUUAUCUCAAGUAUUUAUCUGCGUUAUAUCUGAAUUUAAUUGAAACGAUACAAAUGAGUGUCUGUUUGUGGGCGGGGCUUGCUGGAGCAGAGAGGGGAGGGGGAGGAGGAGCUGAGGGGAAAACUGGUUGGGAGGUGUAGUGUUUACAUUCAAGAUUUCUCCCAUAAAUUGGCACCUCCUCAGAUCCUGCUUAACCCACCUUUAACAUGUGUCUCAAGUUUGUGUUCUGAGCAACUGAAUACAGUCGCAACUUCACUGCCACAAAAGUGCCACCAGCGGUUCUUAUUGCUUUCGCUCUGAAUUAGCAGGUGAAGGUUGUUUAAAUGCCAGAGGCAGCUGAGUUUGAACAAUGAGAUCUUUUUCCUUCACAGAAGUGAUGUUUACUCUUGUGUGGUGCAGCUCAAUAUGUGUUAACAAGCUGGACAUGUUGGCAGCAACAUAUCUGACUGCUGCGGAAAAGUCUUAACCGCUUGUCUUUAACCAUCAUUAUAUUCCAAACAGAGGAUUGUAUUGCCAGUGGGAAAUCAUCUUGUCCUUGCUCGUUGUGUGUUGUGAUGGCUGUCAUGACAGGGAGAUUGUGUUCUGUGUGUGGUCAGCUUCUGUCUUCUGGCUGUGUGGAAACUAAGAUUUCAUGUACUAGCCAUUUUUCAUGUAUUUUGUUCAGUAUCCAUGCCCACCAUACCUAAUAUCCUGUGCAGAAACAGUUUGUUAUGAAUACGUGCUCUUAACAUCCCUGCAAUCACUGAUCUCUUGUAAACACUGAUUGCUUUGAAGUCCCACACCGAUUGUUCUUUAAAAUUUUAUUUCAAGUGUUUUCAGUGGUCUUUAAAUUGUGAUUAUGAAGUUUUUAGCCAAAAUUGCUUUACCUGUGUCAUUUUCAAGGGCUUUCCUUCUGCAGAGCUCCAGUAGCUCAUUAGCAAUUUGCCUUUGAGUCGUGGGUGGAGACAGCACUGCUCUGCACCCUCCUCUACAAGCUAGCUUGUAACCUAACAUUGCAGGUGCAGCUGAAGUAGCAGGUAACAUCGGAGUUAUUCAGCUCAUGAACACUAAUGUCUUUGGGGACAUGAUGAAAGUUAGCAUCAUAACUAGCUCUCUUACGUGCAUUGCGAUUCGCUAACACACACCUACAGAGCGGGACUCAGGGGGCGGGGCUUUGAUGUGUGGCGCAAAAAAUCUCACUGUAUCUGAACCUGCUGUUUGGUCUGCCAGAGAUUCACAGCUAUUUGAAUGAGGAAAUGCUCAGAAAUGCAGCUUUGCUCUUAGUUUUCUAACAAUAUGUCCUCUAGCAUCAGAAAAAAAAUGCCAUAUGAAAUGUAGACAACAAGAAAAACAUGAUUUUCAUCAGAAUGGGUCUGUAAUAGCUGAACUGACAUAGACUAAAGACACUCCAGAGUAGACCUAUUAAACUCGACUCACAAACCUACUGUAUGUAUGAGUAACAAUAAGGAAGGUAAGGGUGGGUGAUAUGGUAGAAGACGUUAUCACAAUUAAGUUUUUCAUAUCAGUUGAUUAUUAUCUUCUUAUCAUUAUUUAGUAACACUUUAAGGUAUAGAUCACUUAUUUAAUGUGAAAAUCAGCCUGAUGUUACACUUAGUGGGUGUUACUCAUUUUUAAUAUUUAGCCUAUAAUUUACAUCACUCACAAAUUGUACUUUUGAAAAUUAUUGUUCAAUCCAGUGAAUAUCACUUCAGGUCAGCUGCUGUCAAUCUGAUCACUUGUCAGGCACAGUUGCGAUAGGCAAGACUGUGAAUGUAGUUGGCGUUUGUGGAGCAGUCUGAGCAUGCCCUAAAAAACACAGCCUGUGGCUCCUCUUCUACACGUUACUCUCUGCCCUCUCUCUGUGUUUCCUGAGCCAUCCACUUUACUAUCUGACCAAUAAAGGGCCCAAAAAGCUCAAGAGUACAACACUAAAGGCUAGACAGUCAGCUGCCCUGAAUAAAUUUUUACCAAACUCUUGUGUGCAAGAUUAAGCAGUUACUGUGAUCAUGCUGUGGUUAAUGUUGGCUUAUAGGUUGUCUGUUAGUAUUAUGUAGCUAACUUGUUGACAACACCAGUGCCUAACAUGUUAUAUAACCGUGAUGUCAGAUCCAGAUCACUAAGGUCAUACAGCAACAUAACUAACUAUGGUGGCCAACAGGGGACAACAAUCUGCAGCGGCCCGAACGUUCUGCAUUAGGAGAAACGUGCUGCACCUGCAGACACUUAUUUACAGUGAGUCUUUUCUGCACUCUUGGGACGGAGGAGGCACAGAGGAUGAGUGAGCCCAACAAGAGGCUGUUCAGCUCACUUUUCUAACUAUUACCUAAGAACUGAGUGUUUAUCAAACAGCAUCCCAGGGAUAACUAGAGUCAAGCCCUGAAAACGGUCUGUGCUACAGACUCCAGCAGGCCACACAGGUACAUAAAGCUGCCUGGUGUCAGGCUUAGAAAACACCAGCAUGUUGGCAGCAGAGCCCUGUGAGCUGCUAGCCAUAGUUCCAGACAUCUUGAAACAACCACACAGAGCCCCUGCGCAGGUCUACAGGGUGAGGGGUAUACUACUCCUGACAUCCCACCUUUACUAUUCCCCAUGUGUCCAGUUCUGAAUCUCGUACCUGCUGUGUGUUUAAAUUUACUCCCAAAUAUAAAAACGCUACUGCUUUAUCGUCUAAACAUGUUUAAUUUGCACUCGUCUUCACUGUCCUAUCAAUAAUAAAGCUGUGUCAACUAGCACCCCUACAGGCGAGGAGCACUUUUUGUGAAAAAGUCUCACUUAUUUGCUGCUUUUAUCUUUCUUUUCAGCUUUUUUCUGCAUUGGUGUGUUUUUUGAUUUGUUUCAUUUCUGUAUUUGUAGCUUUCCCACUGUUUGUGCAACUUUGAUGUCUUUUUGCAGCACUUUUUUUAAUUGCAGCUUGUUUCUACUGUGUUUUUUUGUUUUGAACUUUCGCAUGUUUUUGAUUUGUGUCAUAUCUGCAUUUAUAGUGUGUUGUGUUUCUGCUAAUGAAGAUUCUUGAGACUGUUGACCCUUGUCAUCCACUGUACAUAUCAAAGUGCUGAUUGGCUGGUUGGCUGAUGAGUAAAGACACAAAAUACUUUGUUUUUGUGCGUGCAGGAAACUUGUGUGUCAGCUUCUCAGACUUUAGAUGGAGGAAAUAUUUCUAUUGUUACCAAUUUUCUAGGACUACACACAGAAUGUUUCGGUAAUACAAAAGUCUUUAACAAGUUCGACAUGAAUAUGACUUUAAUGGCUUCAUAGACACGUGAAAGGGGGAUCUAUCAUGAGGGGAAGAGGCCAACAGAGAGAGUUAAACCUCAGGACCCAGCAGGGCAGGACACAGCCAACUGGCCUUCACUGAAAUCACUCCUACAUGAUCUAUUAAGAUGUUGUUAUUGCAGCUACUUUAGGUGCAGUUACAGUUGUAUAUUCACAAACAACUUUUAAACUAACUAAAAAUUAAACCCAUGUAGCCAUGACUGUAUCCUUGAGGUACAUAAAAUGUACCAUUGUGUGUCUGUUUACCAGGUCAGUGAACGCCACAUCUGAAGCCUUUAAAACAAACAUCACCUUGUUCACACGGAUACUGGACAGCCUGCUGGAUGGAUAUGACAACCGACUGCGGCCAGGUCUUGGGGGUAAGGAGGUCAUCUGUCAUCACUUGAUAUACAGUUUUUUGUCUUCUACAGGGAUAGUUCAGAUUUCUUCAAGUAACUACAGUUUGCACUCUGUGAAUGGAGAUGUCAGCUGGAGCUCCAAAGGGAAAACUAAGUUAUGUGUAGCUGCAGAUACAGUCAUGAGUAGGACAUUAUGUUGUUUACCUUCCUCUGCCUCUUGUAAAGUCCUAAUGUCUAAAAAGCAUGUUUCAGUUAAAGUGAUAUUUUUAAUGCUUCACCUGUACAGCGGCGCUCUAUAACAGCCUUUGUCCACAAACGAUGUUCUUUGUACUGAUGGCUUCCUCAUCUACAACAGCAUUUCUCACCGCUGCUGGGUUACUAAAGUUAUCACGUCACUUCCAUUUCCCUCAUUAGUGACUGUUCAGUAUAUUUUAGAUUGCUGUCUGUGUUUAGUGUUUGAUUUUAUCAAAGAAUAAAAAAAAAAAAAGAUCCAAAAACAUAAGAAAGGGAUCUUGCCUCGACAGUAGCAUCAACUUUGAACCUAAAAACUGCAUCUUCACAAAAAGGAACAGUUUCAGGGCUUAUUUCAGACUCAACCGGGUCUACUUAAAAAUGGUUUCAGAAAAGAUCAGCCCAUCCUUUGUUUAAAUGCUGAGUAAUUUUAAGGAAAGCGAUCAUAGUCAUCAUCUCCUCUGCUGCUGUUGUUGAAAAGGGAAUGUUUAAAGUCCCACACCUCGAUAUUGAUGGUUGUUUGGUGAGCAUGGUCGUGUUCAAAAAGACAAGUAUCUUCAACUGAGAUAGUUUCAAUAAUGUGAGGGAAACAGGUGAUGCCAAGGCAUUUUUUUUUGUUCUCCAUCAGACUCUUUGAAAAAAUAUUUAUAGAAAUGCACCACCUUCCCUUUGGCCACGGUGUGCUAUAGAGCUUCCAUUUUUAUUCUAACCUCUGCCACGAUCCUCUAUGCUUGUCAUCUCACUUCCAGCUGGCCCUUAACCCCUAAACUGAGCUCCUCCCUCAGGAUUCUUUGCCAUUUGAAAUUCAAAUUCCUGGGGCCAUCAGCUCAGGAGCUGCCAUAUGGAGGACAACCCUCUUUUAGCUUGGAAGCACUGAGCCCGUACAACUGGACGCACUGUUCUUGCUGUGCAUAUAAGAAAAACAUGCGCUGUAUAUGUCUGGCCUGUUACACCGAAGCAUGUGAAGUGGAAAGGAAAAAUAAAAUGGCCAACUAUGGUUUAUGGUGCAUCAUGCAAGCAUAAUACAAACACAAGUUAAAGAAAGAAUAACCAAAUAAAUAGAAAUAACUAUUUCAGUAGAUUUUUAAUUUGGCUUUUAGGAGUUGAGUCAAAAAAUAAUUUUAAAAAUCUAAAAAUAGUGUUGGUUCAAUUUUCUUUUCUUAUAUAUUUAAGUUUAUAUUUCCAGGACUUUCAUUGUCUAUCAUACAACACAAGUAAUAAGGCCAAUGUUGUUCUGUGGCCACCGGAAGGUUUGAAGUGACAUUAAAAAAAUGAGUGACUACACACAAUCUGGCUUAAGCCUUGCUUCUCUCCCUUUGUUUCUUUCUUCACAUUGAACAGAUGGUUACAGUGACUUGAUGGUUAUUAUAUCACAGAAUGAUUAAUUGGUCUUGUGACAUAGAAAUUGUGGACUAAACUGUAAUCCUAACAGGUCUGAGCGUUUUUUGGCAUUUCAUUUGUUCUGUAAUUAAUCACAAUUUUGGAUCCCUUAUCAUACUCCAAAGCUGUGUUUUUUGCAGGUGCAUCAGACCUGUGGAGAAACUUGAUCAUGCACAUGGACAGGACUUACUUCCUCAAAAGCACCCUAACAAAUAACAGUCUGAAUAACAACAACAGUUUAACCUUUACUCCUCUCUCAAAAUAAGGAUCCGCGCUUAGAGUGAAAAGCAGCAUACAGUGUAGGGCUGAACGAUUAAUUGAAUUUAAAUUGAAAUUGCAAUUUGAAACAUUGCAAUUAGCUAAUUGCAAAGGCUGUGUUAUGGAACAUACAUGAUGUAAUGCGGCUGACCCAGGGCUGUGACAAGAGGGAGCGGUGUUGAAGCAAGUGGCGGCUCGUUCAGUGACAGAGUGGAGUCAGUGAGUCAGUAAUAGUAAGUCUUAGUAUGAAACCAAUAUUUGUAAAGUGCUGAUUAGCAACAGGGAAAUACUACAGUAUGAAACACAGCAAUGCUAAUGACAACAACAUAACAGGAAGGACAUCACAUGUUCCUCAGUGACACACACAAUAGUGUUGCCCUGGUGACAGACUGACAGGCUGCAGGUUGUAGAGACAGUUUGAGAGGAGAGAGGGAUGGAUUUUAUUUGAUGUGGUGUUAAGACGCUCUAAAUAAACAACAAAAUAUUCAAAAUGAUGAAUGCAGGAAGAAAGUUAAGACAGACUUAAAAAUGUGGAGUAUUACGCCGCAACAACAGAUUUGUGAUCGACUGUGCUGUGGUGUGUAUCGUUGUCUGUGGUGCUCCAGUUUUGAAUCCAGUCCAAUCAUAGCAGUUUGAUCUUUUCGUAGUUAAUGAAAAAAGGACAGCCUUGAACUGAGACUUGACUUAACAAAAUUAAAUCGCACAUCAAAUCUUAGUCACAAUAUCAGUCAGAAAAAUCACAGUUAGAUAUUUUCCCUAAAUCGUUUAGCCCUAAUACAGUGUAUAAUAAAAAUACAGUGUCUUUAAUUCUGCUUCGAGAUACUCACUUACAUGAGGAGUGAUGAUUGGUUACAAGGCAGGUCAUGAUGUGAUUUGUUGAUGUUCUAAGUUUGUUGAAGAGAAAACGCUUUGCUGUCUGGUUGAUAUGCAUGGACCAGCAUUGAUAAGAAGCUGAGGUGAUUAUUGAUCUAGACCUCCGAGAGGCUGACAUGCCACUGUGGUUAGUCCACAGGAGCGCUUGCUUUUGUCUCGUCUGUAUUCAGUUAUUUAGUCAUAAAGAUUGACAUGUGACCAUCUUUCCCAAAGACUGAAGAGAGGGGUUCAUGGUGCUACACAGAGCAUUACUGGGGCUUUCAAAUGUGCUUCCCUCAACCUGACCCCUAAAAAGUCUGACCUAUCUGAGUGAGGGUAUACAGGGUAUGUAGGGAAGAUGAAGGGCUGGUAGAAAACCCAGGAAACGCUCUGACCUCGCUUGGUUUUGUGGUCGCUCUCUGAUAGUUAGCUCAAGCGUAUUGUUUGGUUGGCUGCUUUGUGAGAUUAGAAGUCUUUGCAGUCAGUAAAAUCAGUAUCCUUGUUCUUUACCUCAAGGAGAAAAAAUUAAUGCCGUUACGUAGAGUGAUGGUGCACACCUGAAUGAUCAUCAUGAAUAGUUAUUAAAUUACAGUAACCUGUUAUUUAGUAUUGCAUUAGUCACAACUCUGGUGGUGAUUUCAUAAAAUUCCUUGUUUUCAAAGGAUCCUCAUCUUUGUUUGAGUAUUUUAUGUGAGAAGAGCGUAAUUGACUGAAUUUUCAGGAACAGUCUUCUUGUAUGUGAAAAUGUUGUUUGAUUGCUAGUAUAGCAUUUAUAGUAAAACACGAGAGGUUUAAUUCACCAGGCAUGAGAGAUGGAGCUGAAGUAAUAAGUAAAGGAGGCAGGGUGGAGGGAAACCAAAUGAACCUGAUGCAGUGGCACUGAUGCAGAAGAGCAUCACUCGAAGGGGAAGUAGGCCUGGCUCUUAGUGUGUUUCUCUUACACCAGUGUGGAAAUUUGUAUUAGAUUUUAAAGGCUCAAUAUCUUAACUAACAUUUGCACAUUAUACUUCAUACUUUACAUGCAAAGCACAAAACAGAGCCAACAAUCCACAGCUUUACCGAAACCAAACAGUUCCUUUGGUACAGCUAAAUGUCCACUCAGUUGUACGAGUUUUAUUUUUUAAACUUGGAUGUUUGUUUCACGGUCUCAUUGUCUCUCAUUCAGACAGGAUUACAGAGGUGAAGACAAACAUCUAUGUCACCAGCUUUGGACCAGUUUCAGAUACUGACAUGGUGAGAGCAGAAACUGAACAUGUAUUUGUUGUACUUGGUCAUUCAUUCACACUGACUUAAAGAUUCAACAGUUGUGUGGCCUGAGACUAAUUACAACUAAUGACAUAUCAUCAAUUACAUGGAGGCCUGAAUAAUCAUGAAUUAUUCACAGCACCAAGUUCAAUCACCACCAUGUUGUGUAUACCACUAUAUAUGAUGCCGUUCCUGAUGACUGCUAGUUAAAACGUUUAACGAACAGAGACCUCGACCUGGUGUGUUUCUUUGCAGUAGGGAUUAAAAUAAGUCCAGUUUUACUCAAAAGCAUACCUCUAGAAUCACAUUUUUUGUCUGUGAUGGUCUUACAUCAACAGGUGAAGUCCAGCAUGAAGAACUGCUGCUUGUUGAUGCAGAUAAGAAGAGCAGGGACAUUCAUUUUUGUUUAAUUUCAUUUCUAAAACCAGGCAUAGUACUAGUGUUCAAAUUAUGUUUGGUCUUAACAAAAACAAUCAAAUGUUGAACUCACACCUCUCUCCUCUUUACCCGAAGGAGUACACCAUAGAUGUCUUUUUCCGGCAAACAUGGAAGGAUGAGAGGUUGAAGUUUCGUGGUCCCAUGAAUAUUUUGCCCCUCAACAAUCUGAUGGCAAGUAAAAUCUGGACUCCAGAUACCUUCUUCCACAACGGAAAAAAGUCUGUGGCUCAUAACAUGACUAUGCCAAAUAAACUGUUGAGGAUCAAAGAUGACGGGACUCUGCUUUACACCAUGAGGUAAGUUCUCAGAAACAUGCAGAAAAAUUACUGAAAUAUGUGCUACAUGUGCUGGUCUGGACUUCAAGACAUAACCUGUCGCUGUUGGUUAGACACUAGUUGGCUUUGCUGCUGAAGGUGCGAGAAGGCUGAUAGCACUAUCAUGUCAGUGCACUAGGCUAAUAGGGGUAAUACUUUGACACAUAAACCUAUAAGACCCCAAUUGUCUAUUUGAAGUGGCUCAUCAGAUCUUAUGAGUCUAAUAAGGCUGACUUUGGAUAAAAACAAGGUUUAAAGGUUCUUCAACAACAGACACACUGUUUUCUUUUGAUUUGUGUCUGAUCUCCAUACAUUUUUCUAAAGUUAUAGAUUAGGAAACAUCUUUUGAAAGUGUGUGUGUUUUUUUGAAAGUUGGUUAUUUACUUUCAUAUGUUUGCAGACUAUCUUUACUUUCUUUGUGAAUUAAAUGCAGGUUAACUGUGCAUGCAGAAUGUCCCAUGCAUCUGGAGGAUUUCCCCAUGGACUUCCAUUCCUGCCCACUAAAAUUUGGCAGCUGUGAGUCAUUCUAAUGAACCAAUGUUGAAAAAAAAUUGACAUGUUUCACUGCUAUUGGUUAUUACAUAGAGGUUUUUAUUCUUUUAAAGUUUGCUUUAUAAGAAAAUUUGUCUUAAAAAACCCUAAAGAUAGUUGGAGAUUAACUCCAUUCGUUUUAGGUCAUGUCUUGAAUGCAUUCGCAGUCUAUCACCUUCUGCAGUGAUUUGUCUUGAUUACCACAUUUGAUAUGCAAGUCUUUGAAUGACCAAAUUAACAGAUGUAUGGCUAGGAUUAAAGGGUAUUUCUCACCAAGCAUCAAAACCAUCUUGACAUUGUUUAUGCAAGACUUCCCCUGAGAAAUUCUCCUUGUAGUUUACUCUCUCAGGAAACCAAGCAUUAGACUUGUUGCACUGCAUGGUCUUCUUACUUAGGUCACUGAAAAACUGUCAGUGACUGUCCAAGAUUUAUCUCCUAUAAAUGUAUUUUUCUUUGUGUUUUUUAGAUGCCUACACGAUCUCUGAAGUGACUUAUGCUUGGACUCUAAAUGCCUCUGACUCUGUGGUUGUGGAAGGGGAAAGCUCCCGCCUGAACCAGUAUGAUCUGCUCGGACAAACAGUCGGGCAAGAAACCAUCAAAUCAAGCACAGGUAAAGAGAGUUAAUAAAGAAAUGACAAAUACACACUCUGAUGGUUUCUAACCUCUCUGGUAAAGCUGGUAAACCACUGACAGACAAACAUGAGUGGACAUCCUUGGAUAGUGAGCAAGUAAUUCUGGGUAAAAUAAUUCCUUUGAAGACAAAACCUUGAUGCAUACCUACACAUUCACGAUUCAUUACCCUGCUAUUACUCAACUAGCUUCAAACUAAAAAUUCAAACAAACAGUAAGCAUUGAUGGAAAGACCUUAAUUUUUUUUUUCAGUUUGUUUCUUUCAGUUUUUUUCUGUCAGCGUUUGUUUUUUACAGACUAAGAAAGUUAAUAGCAGCAUCCAUAAAAGGUCCUUUUUCCUGUAACUUCUCUGUUGGCAUAUGUUUCUCCUCACUGUGCUGUGGUUUCAAGGUUGCAUCAUGUUCAGUUUCCUAAGUUUGGUGGAUGUCUCCCUUUUAUGUGUUUUGACAACCCUAACCAGUUACCAGGCUGUUUUAAUUGUCUUUGUUUCACUUCUGGUGACUGGUCAGCCAUUAACCGUGGAUCUCAAGACUUGAGGUCUUCAGAAAAUGACAGGAAUAUAGAUUUUCUUCAACUCAACAAUUUGAAGCAGCUAGAUCCACAGAACUCCAGCAAGUUUGAUGAAAGCUAUAUCUUAGUACAAAUCCUCACCCAAAUAAAAACUAUUUUCCUCUUAAUCUGACUUUCAGAAACAUAAUCCAUGCAUUCAUCUUCUCAAGGCUGGAUUACUACAGCUCACUUCUCAGUAGUAUCAAUCAGAAAACAUCACCCAAGCAAGUCCCAAAUUCAGUAUCAGACCAGUGUUUUCUAAAUAUUACACAAAUAAAUAUUAAUAUUGUUGAUCAUUGGCCAAUAUUUAAACUUUUUAAGAAAGAUCAAGGACUACUGCAACCAGCUUACAUUGCACAAGUACGCGAAAAGGUUAUAACGGUUUUUAAGUUUUCCAUUUUUUUUAAUUUUAGUUUUAUUUUGGAAUUUUAUGUUAAAUUUCAGUUUAUUUUUGUUUAGUCUUUAAGGCUGGUUUUUUAUCGUAGUUUUUAUUAUCUGAAAUUUAACGUUAAGUUUUAAUUGAGUUUCAUUACUUUUAAUGUUCUAGUGUUUUUGUUACUCGAGUUGGCCUACUUGUCAGGGGCAGGACCCCUUAAAAAUCAAAUGAUAUUAAAAAAAAUGUGAGGCUUGUCAUAGAAAUGUCUAAUGUCCAAAUUAAGUAUAUCGCUGGGGUUACAUCACAUAUGCAAUAACAAGCAUUAGUUCUUGGUGUGUGGGCUCACAUACGUGCUUUGUCAAUGUUGAGGUUGUACCACCCAGUCUAAAAACUCUGGACACCUGCUUGUUCGCGCAUACUUUACCUCUAGUGUGUCUCCAGAGCGCUGCACUGAUGGAAGUAGAGGAAGCUACAGUGAAGGACAGCUGACAGGUCGAAGUGAGACAACUUGUCAAGGAUAUAUGUCGAUGUAGAGCACUGUUUAGAGUCAAUGUGGAACACCCAUUAGCAAUCCCUCUCCUGAUCCACCAUCAAUAUGAAGAAACGAUACAUUCAUACAUCCAGAUCAUCAGAAAAGAGAGGAUGCAGUCAGAAUAACAGUGUCUUAAAAAUGUAUGUUUCUUCACCAUCUGUAGGAAAAUUAUAUCAGACACACAACCCAAAUGUAAGAGGGGAAUGUCCGAUCACAUUUUGCCAGGUCAGCAGCUCAGGUGCAGGACACAAAGAGACUGGAUUAAGACGUGUUCAAAGGUGUGUUUUGGGUGUAACGCGGAUCACUCAGUAUCUUCUCUUUCUCCCUUUGAGAGGCAGGUACAGCUGAGGCAGGUGUGUUACUGUUAACAUGGUGGUUUUCUCCUUUUACUUGUGCAAGUGUGAUGAGCUACCCUUGCCAUGGACACAUGCUUUCCUAUAUGAUCACACUUGCUGAUUUUUGGGCUGUGCACUGAUAACAAGCCUGUCAACUUCAAAAUGGAGGAUGAUUGAAUAUCAAAUGCUUCACACACUAAACAGAGAUCCUCAGCUUUCAGAGACACACACAAAUGCCCCUACUCAAGGAAUCUCAAACAGAGACAUGAAGCCCCUAUUUCCCUUUAUCACUCUAUUGAAGCUCUUCAGGCUUUUAAACAUUAGAAUUGACUCAACUGUAUGAUUUGUUUUAGAAACUCAUACAGAUGCAUCAGUGCUCAUUUACAAAUAUAUUUCUUAUUCACAAAUAAUAAAAUGUUACAGGCAUCAUCCCUGAACUUAAAGCUCCUGCCAGGAACUUUUGAUUUGUAUUUACUUUGGCGCUUCCUGCAGACAAAGCAGUCUUUGCAUAUCUUGAUCAUUAUUGUAAAUAUUUUAUGAGGAAAGCGUGAAAACAGGUUUGUUAUCUUUGGCUACUUGUUAGACACCUACCUUCCCACACCAGUUUCAGGCAAAAAUCACACUGUAAAAAUCAUCAGCCUUGUUGCUGAUGAUCACGUUAGCUCUUGUAGCUAGCAGUAUAAAUAUCAGUUUAUUGAACAUAUGUCCAAAAACUCCUCAUAGGAGCAUGAAUACAGGUGGUGCAAAAACAGGCAAGUUAGAUUUUCUUUGGCUUUCAAUCACAUGCUUCAGUUUUCACACUGGUGCCAAGUGCUCCACCAAUAAUCCCCUCAGGUGUCCACCACCAGUAUAGAGUAUUCUCCAGUGCUAGCACGCAACUGUUAAGAAACCCCCGCUAUCACUGCCAUUGAGGAAGAAUAUCCUUUCAUCCUUUCAUCAGCUCAAUGCUCUUAUCUAGGUUAAGUGUGGGUACAGUGCCUCGGUACAUGGCAAAUGCCUGCUAGUGACUUCUUUUCUUGUUUAACUAGUCACCCCCCAUUAUCUGAUUGGUUGACUUAAGAUUAAUCAUUCAGUACUAGUGUGUAAGUGUUUGGUGAGGCGUACUUGCAAACUAGGUCAUUUGGCUCGAGUGAAUGUGCUCCCAGGCUUCAUCUGAACAGACAUCUUGCAUAAGGCUCUGAAUAGACCAACACAUACAAAAAUCCUCCCAUUCAGCCUCACAUUCACAUUCACUCUCCAUGUUUGUAAUGUAACUGAAAAAACAUACUGUACUCGUGACUAUGAAUCUCCCUUGUUUUGUGUACUUGUUUAAAUGCGGUCACAACACAUAAAAACUUGUGAAAUCAUACCAUGGCAACAAUUUUGACAGCAUUUGAAUCAAGUUGUUUUAGAUAUUGUGUAUUUAAAUGAAAGAGCAUUGACUCCUGCUAGAAAUUAUCUGCUCUGAAAAACAGAGGCUAAACUUUGACCUGUGUGUACAUAGUCUCUCUGUGCCUGAUCAGAUGAGACAGUAAAGUUGAGAACCACAGGGAACAUCAUUUGAGUUAAUGAUUGCACUGCGUAAAUUCACUGCGCUAAUUUUCCCAAGUCUCUCUUUUAAGCAUUACUAACUUGUCAAAAUUGUAAACAAAGUCUUCUUUUAAUUUUCCAUAAAUAAUGGGAUAUCAGGCCUCUGAUUCAUCACAUUCUUCACAUUAUCAGAUUUCACUCCUUGUAAAGUACACGCUGUGGGAACCCUGAACCAUUCAGACCUGAAAUGUUAUUAGACAUGUUUAUUUUAACUUAGUGUGUAUGUGGUUUCUGGUGCUGCUGCAGGGAACUUGCAGUUUUGAGCACCUCUGUAUUGUUUUAUUUGCUUCAUUUCCAAAGACUGGAGGUUGCUGCUUAGUUGACAUUUAGGAGCAACAGUAUAAUGUGGUCUGACAUGAGAAAUUUGUCUUGGUGUGUUCCAGUUGGACUAACAUCUUUAUGUGUACUUUAAAGUCCAGUUUCAGUCAAACGAAUACAGGGGUUAAGGUCAAACCACCAAAUUUCUGAAUGGGAGAUAACCUACUCUACUACUGAGCCACAGCUGUGUUAGCAAAUUCCUUCUAUUUAGUUUUGGUUGUUUUGGCAGAAUAUGAAAGUCAGUAUUUUUCCAGGCUCACACAUUAGAAGGUUUACACAGUGAUUAAGCCUCCAUCUGCAGAACUUGCAUCAUGCGUCUGCACUGACAUGUGCAUCAGAUGGAUCCAGGCUUUUAGGGAUAGGGCAGCCAAAUGGACACUUCAAGGCGAUGAAUCUCAAACAGUAUCAGAGAAGAAAGUAUAAACAGAAAAAAAUGUGCUUCAUUGUCAUAUUACAAAGACUAACAUCAGCUUGAAGCAACAAAGCUUGAUAAGUUGAUUUGAAAGUGCUGCCUGUGUCACUCCUAGACACCCCUGCAUGCCGAACACUGACUGUAUGGACUAUGGUCCUGGGUAAAUUGAGGCGUUCCAGUAGCAUCAGGAUCCUCAUUUCCUACAUCUUAAGGAAACAUGCAACAACGAACAUCUUACUGCAGUAAUACUCCCUUCUCUCAGUGAAGAUGCUAAUUUCUCUAAAUAAGAUACAGCCAUCCUCCCCCCUCUACGACAGAGCUAUCUGGGCUUGUGUACCAGAUAACAGAGGUAUAAAGCUCUGUAAAUAUGAGCUUGAGUACGUGUGUGUUUGGGUGUAUUUCUGGAUGUAUGUGUUUGUGUGAAUAAUAAAAGAAAUAGUUCUUGCAUAAUUGUGAGAUAUUUAAAAAACACAACCCCGUACUAAGAAAAUAAGGAAUAAUUCACCCUGCCCCCCCCCCCCUCCCCCAACACUGCUGCAAAGGACUUCCCUUUUGCCAAGUGGCGGCAAGUAUCAAGGCCUUCAUAUUUGGACUGCAGCAAAUGAGCCAUUUUCCUCAGUUCAGUUGCCAUGGGUAACACGUUUUUCCCAUGUCUAAUCUUGGCUUCUGUCAUGCUUCUGAAUGCUUGUCUGCAACUGCAGCGACUGUCACCGUUUCAAAGCCUGGUUAUCUAUCAGGCUUUACUUGGUGCUAGUAAAUCAGCCAGUUUCUGUUUGUUCAUAUGUACAGAUUAUUAGAGUUCAAAAAUCUACUACAUAGGUAGGCUGUCUGUUCUGUGCUAGAAUCUGAUAUAUGUGAUUUAAUAUAUAAAGAGAUAUAGAGAUGUAAGUGUAUAUAGUCCAAGUGUAGUGUUCUAUUUGAACUGCUUUAGUCUGUCUACAUAUGCUGCCUCCUUUACACACUGCUUUGCUACCUGCCUCUAUCGCAGCAGCAUCUAAUGCUGUGUCGACUGUAUCGGUUUCCCAUGUAGUCACCCUUGCCCGCUGUGCUCUGUAAGGGGGUCUUGGCUGAUGCUCUCCCUGCCUUGGCUUUUAUUAUGCAUGCACAGCGAAAGAAGGGAAGCCAUGCUCUCCCUGCUGCAGGCUUUUUCAGGAGGACUGCAAUGAGCUCUCAGAACAGAGCCAUACUGUCUAAUAUGAAUCUCAGCAAGCAAAUAACUCUCUUUGACCAAAGUGGCUGUGAAUGACAUGAGAGUUAUAUGUCUAUCAAAGCAGAGAUUACUGACUGCAUGUGAUCUCAUUAUAGUUGUAUUAACAUAAAUAAGAAAAGUCAAAUAUCAAAUGUUUAUGUGGUGGUGCUGUAAAGACACCUUUGAAAUUGUCUCAACAGGUGAAUACACAGUGAUGACAGCUCAUUUCCAUCUGAAGAGGAAGAUUGGAUAUUUUGUCAUUCAGACUUACCUUCCCUGCAUCAUGACAGUCAUUCUUUCCCAAGUGUCUUUCUGGCUGAAUAGAGAAUCAGUGCCAGCGAGGACUGUGUUUGGUAAGUGGCUCCUUUCUUUAAUCACAAUCUCUUCUACUUUCUCUCUCAUACAAUGAUACACGUCGCAUGAGCAGUAAUCAACGGGAUAUAUAUAUUAAUUCUCAAAGGCAUGCACCUUUAUUUCCUAUUAUUUUUGUGUGCAUAUCCCCAGGUGUAACUACCGUUCUCACAAUGACAACACUGAGUAUAAGUGCAAGGAACUCCCUUCCCAAGGUUGCCUACGCCACCGCCAUGGACUGGUUCAUUGCUGUCUGCUAUGCCUUUGUCUUCUCCGCUCUGAUUGAGUUCGCCACUGUCAAUUACUUCACAAAGCGCGGCUGGGCUUGGGAUGGGAAGAGUAUUGUGACUGACAAGGUAAUGUGGAACAAAGACAACUUUCUUAAGAGCUCAGAUUUCAAAAAGUUCCCCUGAUAUCUUUUAAGUGUCUGUUAGAGGAAGCCAGGCUUGCAGAUGUGGCUGCUAUAACCCUCCGCAAAAGAAACCAGACUUAAACUCAUUCCCACUGUCCUGAACCCUCUGUGCCGCAGAUGUCAGAGACCUUUAGUUUGACAUGCUUAAAGUCCCACUCCGAUUAUUAUUAUUUUUAAAUACUUAAAGUGUUAUCAGUGGUCUUUUAACUGUAAUUAUGAAAUUUUUAGCCAAAAUCAUUUUACCUGUGUUGUUUUCAAGGGCUUUUCUUCUGCGGAGCUCCGGUAGCUCAUUAGCAAUUCGCCUCUGGGUCGUGGGCGGAGACAGCGCUGUCUGCGCACUUCUCCACAAGUUAGCUUGCAGCCCAACAUUGGUAACAUAGGAGCUAUUCAGCUAUCGAACAUUAUUGUUCUGCAAUCGUCCUCCCUAUUUCCCCAAACUUGGCCUGCAGGGCUCUGGGGGCGGAGAUUGGAUUGGUUACGUAGGACAUCCCACUGUAUCUGAACCUGCCCUUUGGGUCUGCCAGAGAUUCACAGUGAUUUGAAUGCAGAAAUACUCAGAAAUGCAAUUUCGCUCUUCUUUUUCUCAUAUGUCCUCAAGUAUCAGAAAAAUACUAUAUGAACAUGUAGACAAGAAAAUAUGAUCUUCACCGGAGUGGGUCUUUAAGAGUACUGAUCCAUAAUAAGAGUUUUUAUAUGAAAAGUGAAGUGUUUCCCUUCUAUUCAUUAUUUGCAUGUACUGUCUACUCUUGGUACCAGUGACAGGGUUUUUUCUGUUUGUUUACAUCAAAACCCUUCUGGUCUUUUGACAGAAAAAAGAGAGAGUUUCUCUGGUCAAGAAGAAUAACGCCUAUGCUGUAGCAGUGGCAAACUAUGCGCCUAAUAUCACCAAGGACCCCAGCACCCUCCCAACCAUCGCCAAAUGUGGAGCUACAGAUUCUAACAAGACCAAAGCAGAUGGCAAAGCCCAAGACAGCAAGAAGACCUUCAACAGUGUCAGCAAAAUCGACAGGAUGUCGAGGGUUUUAUUUCCUGUUCUCUUUGGCAGCUUCAACCUUGUGUACUGGGCGACCUACCUGAACAGAGAACCUGUAAUAGAUGAUAUGGUCCCCUCACACUAGAGGCCUGUGUUAAAAGGGUGUGGUCUGGGAACUGAGAGAUGAACCAAAUACCUCCAGCAACUGUGUACACAUUCCUUUUUAGAGUGUAAUAUCGGACUGCAAUGUGAUCUUUUAUCUUCCUGUUUUUUACACCGUCUCCAGCACAUUUGAGAGAGUCUGGCUUUUGUAAAUGUUUCUGAAUAACUAUAAUCAUGAUUUCAUUGUGACUUGUGUGAUCACUUUAAUAAGUAUUCAUCUUUCUACAGAAGUGUGUUUCCAGUUACAGUGUGUGGUCAGUGUACAUAUAACUGAAUGAUGAGUGAACUCUUGACACUGAAACGAAAGUUUACUCAACAUUACUGUUUCCCCUGUGAUAUUCUACCCUCUUAUAGGACAGCAGAAACUUCUCUUUUUCUUACUUUCUUGAACCCUGAAGUCCAAGCUAAUACAAAAGCACGACUGGAAAACACUCACGCUAAUUUUUUUUUAAGUCUGAGGAUAUAUAACUAAUAAUACUGGCCUCCAGAAUGAUUGAAACUCUGUUGGUCAAUAAUGUACAAGAAGAAAACAGAGAAAACUGCAAACUUUGUCUGUUUUUUGUUGAACAGUAUUAGCAGUGCAAUGUUUUGUUCACACCUGUCAUACUUCUCCACAGGCUUCAGUGACCACUUGUGAUUCAAUCUUACUUUUCUGCCUUGGACACAAAUAAACACCGACCGUUUCUUAUCUUCACUGGUCUCAAACAUCAUAUUUGAACUACACUGUGAUGCUGACUUGAGGAAGGAGAGCUGCCCUCAUAUGGACAAACGACAGGGUAGUGGCUCUGAGUGAACUAUAAUCACAGAGGCUGAGGACUGAGGUUACAGGUCUUUGGUUUAGCAGUGCCGUAUAUGAACUCAGCUGUAGACCAUGGACACACGCCAUGGACCAUCCUGCCACAUUUGCUUGGAACACUUCAAGAGUAUAUACUGUGUAUAUUUUGUCUUUUUGAACAGUAAACCCAAUAACACACAUACAAAUCCAUAUCCCACUACUUUAGGUUUACAAAGUUUGAAGGGACAGUGUUUUUUUUACUAGUUCAAAAAUCUGCUGAAGUGAAAGUGAUGCCCCCUGGAUGACUUUAAGCAGCAAAAAAGAUCAUCAGCAGCAAGAAAGAACAUCAUUUAGUUGUAACUUUUAAAGACUGGAAUAGCUCUGGGGUGGUAGGUGUCCUACUAGUUACUAGACAGUAAGUUGAAGAACCAGCUUCUGUUAAUUCCACUGCAAUACUCACAGUGAGUGAUGCAGUUCACAGUUAAAAGACAACAGGAUGAGAAAUUGACAUCUUCGGGACAAAAAAAAAGAGGUAUCACUUUGUCCACAGGGGGCACUCAAACUGUUUCAAAAGUUCAUUGUAGCAGCUAUAUAGCCAAAAUAUUAACAUUUUCUCAGUAUACUAAACGUUUUUUUUUUUUUUUUAUUGAAGACACUGUAAGGAUUUAACUGGAUGAAAAAACAGACUGAGACUGAAACCGAUGUAGGACCUUCAGAAGCAAACAAGACCAUCAGCAACAGGACUGACUAUUGCUCUGUUGUAUCUUUUAAUGCUUGAAACAGCUGUGAGGGGGUAUGCAUCGGAUCAGAUAACUUAACACAGGUUUAAGAAACGGCUAUUUUUUAUUCAUUUCCAUGGGUGAAACAUUUCCCUGAUUAAAGACAUUAGGUUUGUCUGAAAACAAUAGCUUUAUAUGUACAGAAGAAAUGAUAAGAGGUCUCACUUUGUCCACGGGGGGCGCCAGAAUCAACAGAAAAUGAGUUUGUGGUCAGACGAGUCUGUGAUGUGUGUUUGCAUGUGAAAGCUCUGACAGUGUUAAAAGGAUGUGGUGUGUUAGUACCAAUGAAGUAGAUAUGAUGUUUGUUCCCAGAUCCCUGCAUUGUCAGUCUGUAUCCAUGACCAACCUAGAAAUAGCUGAGCUGGUCUUCAAAGACAAACAUUUACAAAAACUACAUCUAAUAGUGUUUUGGCUUGACAUGGUCACAAUAUUAUCUGGACUAAUAUUCAUUGGUUCAUUGCUUGGGCCUGUAUGAGAUAUAAUAAUAUAGCCUCCAUGUUAACAUAUGCUAAAAACACAGGUACACAGAGGCUCUUGUGGUGGUUUUCUAAAAGUAAUAAUUUUAGAAAUAAACAAACAACAUCCGAGAAACAUCAGCCCAGAGCCUAGAAAGUGACAACCCCAGUUUAAUUAAAAUCUUAGAUACAGGAAAAAGACAUGUAAUGAGUGACUGUCAGCUUUUAGAAGAUUCUGAUGAAGAAACUAUCACUUAUAAAGUGACUUGUAUGAGAUGAAGAGGAAAGAAAACCGGACUAGGUGAAAUGUUAGGACACCACUAAAAUAUGUAACAUCACUGAAAUAUAGUAAAAGGAUUUCAAUGUAAAUGUUUUGGGGUAUCUGUAUUCUGGGGAGUUUUUAUUUUUAGUUUUUAUUGAAGUCAGAAAAGCGACUAUGUCAAACGUUCAAUCUGCUCAAAAGUGAGUUCACUUUUCUCGAUAGCCCUGAAAGUCUACGGCACAAAUAUUUCAGAAUAUAUUUAAUAUUGAGAAAAUAUUUGAUAAAAAUGAAAUCAAAACAUGAAAAUGGUCGACAUUAGCCAAAGUACAUUAAGGUAAACACAAAUAAAUCCUAAAACAAUCAAAAUUUAUUUUGAAAAUAAAAGUGAAUUCCAAAAAAGGUGAAAAAAAAAAAAACAUUUAAAUAUUCCACAAGACAUAAAUGCACUUAAAAACAAAAAUAUUAUAGAAAAAACAAAAUAUCUGUAAAACAUUAGAAAAUAUUUGAAAAAAUAAUCCCAAUUUUUUUAAAGCUAAAAUUCUUAAAAUGCAAACAAAUAGCAAUCAAAAAAAUUACAAAAGAACACAAACAAAUUCUAGAACAUUAUUUGUGAUUUUUUAAAUGUAGUCAUGUUUUCAACAUACUUUUGUUUUCAAAAAAUAUUUUGCAUUUGUAAAAAUAUUUUGUUGUAAAUGUUUAUUGUAUUUUUUUAAAAGAUGUUUUACAAAUUUAUGUUAUAUAUAAGAUAUUUUGUGUUCUUUUAAAAUGUUUUCAUGUUAUGUUAGAUGAUGUGGGGUUAUACGAAAUAUUGUCUGGUUUGUUUGUCUGCUAAUCUGAUCUGUGUGAUUUUUGAUUUGUGUGUUUGGAUGGAUCAAAUGGCAGGGUAACUGCAAAAAGAAUUUUCCUUAGGGGAUAAAUAAAGUUGUCUGAAUCUGAAUCUGAAUCUGAAUCUGAAUAUUUCUCUCAGCCUUUCCACCAGCUCUGGAUGACGUGUAGUUAAGUUUGACAUUUGUAUUCAUAUUUGACUUUCUGAUUCUUUUUAUUUAUUUUCUGGGAUUAAUUCUUGAAUCUCUGCACUUUUUGAAUAAAAAACAUUUCUUUUGUUCUGUGCUUUCUGAUUAAAAACUGACUUUUAAAA